GGGAGAAUACGCCACUUUUUAAAGUCGGAAACCCUCCCUUUCCUCUUUCUCUCUCUAAACCCCCAAACCCUCGCCACACUGUUUCUCUCCCCUCUUUUGCGCGCCCGCCCGCCCGCCCGCUCUUUGUGGCUGCUGAUACACCUUCUGCUCCUUUGUCUCCUCCACUCCGACCUUCUCUCGCUAGGGUUUCCCAGAGGAUCUACCUAUCAAGCUAUGGCUGCUGCUGUUGCUCCUACCGCGGAUCAAACUUCAGAACUUCUGCAGUCCCUCUCUUUGGAUUCUCAGAACAAAACCGUUGAACAACCAGAGCCAACAAAGAAGGUGUCUGUUGAUUCAUCCAAUGUUGCUAACGUUCAGAUCCAGCCAGGUGAUCGGUCAUUAACUCCUUUGAUACCAGAUUUUAUGGAUCCAGCUGUGUGUUAUCUUCCUAAUGCUUAUCCAUUCUACUACGGAGGAUAUGAUGGAACUAGCAAUGAGUGGGACAGUUACCCAAGAUAUAUGAAUGCAGAUGGAGUUGAGAUGCCUGCAGUGUAUGGGGACAAUGGGUCACUUGUGUUUCAGCAUGGGUAUGGUUACAACCCCUAUGGACCAUACUCGCCCGCUACUUCCCCUGUUCCAACCAUGGGACAUGAUGGUCAGUUAUAUGGUGCUCAACAUUAUCAGUACCCUACACCAUAUUUCCAACCUAUGACAAGUGGUCCUUACCCAACUUCGCCUGCCCUUGCCAAAGGUGAGAUACCCAUAUCUGCUGCUGCUGAUCAACCACAAACUUUGAGUGUGGAUUCUGCUAAUGCAAAUUCUAAUGGUAAUGAAAAUGGUGCGGGCGUUAAGGGAAAUGGUGGUUCAGCUCCUUCGAGACCUGCAUACCAUAACUCAUCCUACAAUGUCAAUGGGUCGUAUGGAAGGGGCACCAUGCCAGUGGGCGUUGCUUCUGGUUAUCAGGACCCAAGGUUUGCCUUCGAUGGGCUACACUCUCCCAUACCAUGGUCAGAUACUACGUUUUCUGAUGGACAUUCUAGGACAGUUAGCAGCAACUCCUUUACACCUUCCAACAGGAAUGGCAUUCCGUCAUCAAGGAAUCAGAGCACUUAUCAAAUGGGAUUACACCACUCCCGGCCAAUGUCAGGUACAAACGCAAAUUACGGAAGCAAUGGAUAUAUAAAUAGAAUGUAUUCCAACAAUUUCUACAGUCAGUAUGGAAACACCUAUGGAUCUGGCCUAGUCUACGGAUCUAGUGGAUAUCAAUCACGCACAAACAAUCGAGGAUGGGUGUCCACAGACAAGUUCAAACCUAGGGGUAGAGGGAGUGGUUAUUAUGGUUUUGACAGUGAGAACUUGGAUGGUCUGAAUGAACUGAACCGGGGACCAAGAGCCAAAGGCUCCAAAAACCACAAGGGGUUUGUACCAGUUGCUCUGGCUGUAAAAGGGCAGCAAAUUCCUCUGGCGGUUCCAAAUGAAAAUGAGAAAGAAAGUGGAUGUCUGGUUCCCGAUAGAGAGCAGUAUAAUAAACCAGAUUUUCCCGAGACCUAUUCUGAUGCAAAGUUUUUCGUUAUCAAGUCAUACAGUGAGGAUGAUGUCCACAAAAGUGUUAAAUACAAUGUGUGGGCCAGCACACCUAAUGGAAACAAGAAGCUUGAUGAAGCUUAUCGGGAGGCUCUGCUUAAAUCUGAAAGCUGCCCUGUUUUCCUAUUCUUCUCGGUCAAUACAAGCGGACAGUUUGUUGGUAUGGCUGAGAUGGUGGGCCCUGUUGACUUCAACAAAAAGGUUGAGUACUGGCAACAGGACAAGUGGAUGGGUUGUUUCCCUGUGAAGUGGCACAUUGUGAAGGAUGUACCUAAUAGUUUGUUGAAGCACAUCACACUUGAAUACAAUGAGAACAAGCCUGUCACAAACAGUAGGGACACUCAAGAGAUUAAGUUGGAGCAGGGACUGCAAAUGGUUAAGAUAUUCAAGGACCACACUAGCAAGCAGUGUAUCCUUGAUGAUUUUGAGUUUUACGAAGACCGUCAGAAGAGAAUUCAAGAUAAAAAAGCCAAACAACAGUUGUUCCAGAAGCAGGUUGCUUUGGCAUGCCAGGGAAAAUCAACGGAAGAGAAAACGAAAGAAACUUCAAACGGGGAACUCAAGCAGCCUCAUAAACCAGCGGAAUCAGCAGUCACAGCAGCAUGUGAAUCAACUAUCCAGAAAACAGCACAUGUUGGUACUCAAAGUAAUGGGGAUAUCAAGCCUGCAGAAAGCGGCUUGGUUGCAAAUUCGGAAGAUGUGAAAGUGGUUAAGCAAAUUGCACCAUCAGAGAGCAAAGCUGCAUCAGAUGGAUCUUAGGUUGUGUUUUAUAUAUUCCAUGAAAUAGGACUGACCAUGGGAUUGAAGUCCCUUGGAAGGUUAGCAGAUGCAAAUUUUCUUGGUUGGUCACCCUGCUUGGGCACACAAUUCUAAAUUGCUGAAAAUUUGCCGAAUGUCAUCAAGCAAUGGAAAAGACAUGAAUCUCGUGGUUUUCCUUAUGAUGGGGUGUGCUUCUACAGUUUGAUUAGCUUCAUUCUAACUGGUGUUUGAUGAUCAUAGGGUUUGGUUUCUAGAGUUCCUCUACCUUUUGUUUUCAUUUAUUAUUAUCCGUUUGGUGGCUGUCGUUUUCUUUUGGUUUGAUCUUCGCUGGAGAAUCUUUCAUUUUAUCCUUUCUGUUUAGUUUUGAGUUUACCUUUUUUUUUAAUAUGGUUGGGAAUCAAUCCUCUUGUAUAUGGACAUGAUACUUGUGGUGGCUGAUGCAAGGUGGAAUUGUUGUCCUGACUGCCGUGUAGGAGCACUAUAGAAUCAAUUUCUGGAAGGCAUUGACAGUAUAGUUAUUAAAAAAAAACCGUUUCUUUAUCAGUGAGUGGAACUGAUACAGGAGCGCUACACGACUACAUCUCUUUGUCCUAUGAUUCUAUCGGAUUGAGCAUUGCUUGUUGCUUUUCGG